CUUAAUAAAUAUCGACUGAAGUGACCGACUGAAACUUUUCGUUCACUUGAGCACCUGAUUGUUUCGCGGAAUAUCGGACACCAAAAAGAUGGCAAACGAAGCCAAGCCGUGCCCCUGUGAUAUUGGUGACCGGAUGGAGUAUGGAGGACUCGGUCAGGAGGUCCAGAUAGAGCACAUUAACGCCUAUGUAGUGAAACCCUCCACUCCAUCUGAUAAGGCCAUCAUUGUCAUUCAUGACAUCUUUGGGUGGCAGCUUCCCAACACUAGAUACAUGGCUGAUAUGCUGGCUGCCAACGGAUACAUUGCUGUUUGUCCAGACUUGUAUGUCGGGAAGGCGCCGUGGAAUCCAUCCAAUGAUUGGGCCAAUUUUAUGGAGUGGCUCAAAGACAAAAUGCCAACAGAAAUCAACAAAGAGGUGGAUGCAGUGCUGCGGUUCCUGAAGGAGCAGUGCAGGGCCAAACGCAUCGGAGUUGUGGGCUUUUGCUGGGGAGGGGUUGCCACGCAUCACUUGGCCUUACGAUAUCCAGAACUCAAAGCUGGAGUGUCUCUUUAUGGAAUAAUUCGGGACACUGAGGACAAGUAUGACCUGAAGAGUCCUACACUGUUCAUCUUUGCGGAGAAUGAUGAGUAUGUGCCUGCCGACCAGGUCAGUACCCUCCAAGCAAAUCUAAAGGAGAAAUGCAAACUUGACUACCAGGUGAAGAUAUUUCCUGGUCAGACUCAUGGGUUUGUCCACCGCAAGAGAGAGGACAUCAACCCUGCAGAUAAACCCGCCAUCCAGGAGGCCAGAACAGACAUGCUCAACUGGCUUAACAAAUACAUGUAAAUAAGAGUAUCAGAAGCGAUACAGAAUUGUUUGCACGAUUAUCAGAAAAGCAAACAGUGCCUUUAAUCAUUAAUCAAAAUUGAAAUGAAAAAUGUAGCUGCUGUGUAGUAAAGGCGGUGGCUGCUGCAUGUUUUUUUUGUUGAUUUGAGGGCGUUCCAGAACCUUUCCAGAAGUUUUACAUUUUACUCUUCAAGCCUGGAUUUUGAUUGUAUCUUUGGUAUUGAGGAAUUGUGAUUUUAUUUUCAUUAUACUGUGAAUUUAAAUUGUUGCGCCAAAAAUAUUUAGCACUUGUGCCUUAUGCAGAAUAUAUGAAUGCAGUAUCAUGUCUGAAUUGAAGACGAUGAACAUUGAAUGACAACAGAAUGUAGUAAAAGUGCACUUAUGCAUUGUGCUUGCAAACAUUUUUUAAUACUAAUAACUAAAUGAAGACAUAAUAGGGACACCUAAUAUCUAAUAAACAACUUUUAAGAAA